AUGCUCCAAAAAUCCAACACCUACACCACGAAUAUUAUAAAACCAUUCUACUAGAUUCGUAAAAAUUCUCAGAAAUUAAAACUUUUUCGAACAGAGUUUCUUCAAACUCAAAAUAAAAUUCCCCCAAAUUCUCUCUCCAUAAUUUCAUGUCCAUCUUGCCCUCUCACACCCAUCAAGGUUCAGCAUCAUCGUCUUCGUCUUCCUCUGCUCAAAACCCUAAUUUCAAUCAUGGCUUCCCAAUCUCCAUUGAUGAACCUCAAUCUCAACACCAACAGAGCUCUAUCUCUUCCCCGCAAACUCCACCUCUCGAUUCGCUUCGGAUCUCCGACCCUCAAUCUGAAGCUUCCUUCCCCAAUUCAAUUUCAGGUUCAAUGGCUGAAACUGCAGGAACUUCUAACGGAUCUUCCAAAAAGGUGAUUGGACAUGGGAGUUCAAGUGGUAAGAAGACAUCUAAUCACAGUAUCAACAGUAGAGUUCAAUCUCACUCUGUUGCUCAAGGAGGUGUUGGGUCUCCUCCAUCCAGUGGGGAAGUUUCUGGCUCUCCGCCAAAUGGUAGAGCAAGUGGUUCUGCGCGGAGAAGGUAUCAAACAGUAAGCGGUAAUCACUUACUAAAUUUUCAAUAUAAUCCAAUCUCUCGUGCUCAACCUAGGGGUCCUCCACUGAAAAAGCCUCAGAAGAUUAAGCCUUACAACAAGGACCUUUUCCUCCAGGCUAACUACAAAUUUGUUGUCUUGGAUUCUGGAAGCUAUACUAUUGAAUCUAUGGAUCCUGACAAAACAUUACAGUGGGAGGAUAUAAUAUGUUUGAGAUACUCAACUCCGCACCCUAUUCAAUGUCCAAUUUGUUUGGAUACUCCUCUCUGCCCACAGAUCACGUCUUGUGGACAUAUAUUCUGUUUUCCAUGUAUCUUGCAAUACUUACUUAUGGGUGAGGAAAAUCAUAAAGCAGAAUGCUGGAGAAAAUGCCCACUUUGUUUUAUGAUGAUAUCCUCAAGGGAUUUGUAUACUAUCUUUGCGGAAAAUGUUACGGGCCACAAUGUUGGUGAUGUGCUAGAAUUUAUGCUUUUAACUCGGAAGAAAGACUCAUUUUCUCUUCAUGAAAAGGUCAAGGAAGGAACGAGUAGCAAGUCUUGUGACUCCUUUUCAAAGUUCAUACUUACUUUGGAUGUGGAUCUCUCUGUUAGAGAAGCAAUAUCAGCAUUGGAUAAUUGGCUAGCACGAGCUGAAUCAGGGCUUGUUGAUGACAUAGAGAAGCUUCCAUAUGUUUGUGCUGCUAUGGAACACUUGAAACAAAGAAAAAAAUACUGGACUGCUCGUCGAAAUUUCGGAGGCAGCAAAUCCUCUGAAACUAUUGAUUGUGAACCUGUUAGCAGUACUUAUCCUAACUGCAAAGAUGAUGAGCUUGGACAUGGAACUUCGUCUCCAUCAAUUCUUGAUAACAAGGGGCCAAACAAUGUAAUGGCAGAUGUUGUCCAUGAAAGUGCUUGUUUAGUUCAGUCCUCUGAAAAUGAUGAAUCACUUGAAGGACUUGAUGUGUCCGUGUCCUCUUCAUAUGAAGAAAGCAAGACCUUGCUAACUCCAGUAGGUUCCCCGGGAGACACCAAGGAGAAGGAAUCAUACAAUUUCUACCAGGCCGUUGAUGGUCAGCCUAUUAUCCUUCAUCCACUAAACAUGAAGUGUCUUUUGCACCAUUAUGGUAGCUAUGAUCUGCUUCCUGCAAGAGUGAGUGGGAAAAUAUUACAAUUGGAGUCUGUGACUCAGUCUGAGGCCAUGAGGAGGCGCUACCGCUACCUGAGCCAUUUUCCUUUGACGACCACAUUUCAGCUAUGUGAAGUUGACUUAAAAGACAUCUUGCCUGCUGAAGCCUUGGCUCCUUUCAGAGAUGAUUUAAAGAAACGUGAAAGGCAGAGAAAGCAGCUUGCCAGAAAGGAACACGAGGAUAAAAUCAAAGCUGAAGCUGAUACUUCAUAUUCCCUACCUGUUCAUUACAAUAAUAAUAUGCAAGCUUAUGAUAGCUCAUCUACUUUCUCCAUGGAUGACUUUGAAGCUCUUGGAAGUCCUGCCACAACAGUGGCGGCAUCAAGCCCUUCAGUUCAAGGACGACAAUUAUUCUCAAAUGUUACGAGGCUGGGUUUUGCAGCAGGGUGUGGUUCUCCUUCCUUGCAUAUUCAAGAAACUGCACCUGAAGCUGAUGUUGGAAGAACUAGUUCUUCCACCGGGAUUAAUGGGUCAACAAAUCAAGGUGUCCAGACUGUACACUCGUUUGCAAAUGUAAUUUCUCGGGAGAGACCAGAGACACACAAGACCAAUGAAACAGGGAAGAAGGGUAAGAAAUCAAGUCGUGUACUCCUGUCUACUGCUGGUGGUCGCCGCUACUAGAAAUCUGCCUUAAACCGUUCAUAACCCCCUCUUCUGCCAUCAUAUUCUGUAUUAUAUGACGACUAAGUUCUAGUUUGUGGUGAGAGUUUAAGUUCAAGCAAUAAAAUAUGGUUAGAAUUUGUAUACAUAUUUGUUGAGUUCUGUGAAUGCAACAAAAGCUUGUCAAUGGCUUAUAAAAUGUCAUUACUAAGCCUAAUUGACUAUCAAUGCUUGCUGAUUUUUCCUACUGUAUUUGUUAGCAUCCUGUCUUCCUGAGACGUAGAAAUCUGUUUGCUGUUCAUAGAGAUGAUUAUGGUUAUAUAUAGGACGAUUGUGUACUAAAGUUUCCAGACGGUAACUCUUGAGGAAUUGAAGAUAUUUAUUUAUUCGUUUAUUUAA